UCCAACCGGUGCCCACUUUCUAACGGCGCUCACGGAAUCUGUUGUCCUAAAGAAGUGCGAAAACCAAUCGAAAGUCGCUUGCCGAUCCGAAUACCACUUCCUGUGAGGCCAUCCGCUAAAAUAAAACACAUUAGUUUGGAAGACAUUGAUAGAGCGGCGGCAGAAAGUCAUCGAUUUAUUGAGAACUAUAUCAGAACGGAAAGGGAGCUUAUUUCCAAAGGUGUGUUUCAAAGGCACGGAUCAACUCAAUCACAACAUCAGGCAUUCUUCGGGCCGUUCGAUGAAAAUCAGUUCCAACUGACAAAAGGAGGAUUCAUUAAUCUGUUGACUACUGACUUCCCUUACAAUGAGGUUAUGAAAGUACAAUUCAAACUAACCAAUGAAGAGGCCAGGGAUGGGCUCUGGAAGUACUCACUGGAAAACACUGAACUUGAAAAGUAUUGCAUUCAAGAGCCGGUUUGCAAACAAUCCAAAUACAGAUCGGCUGACGGGAGCUGUAAUAACCUUCAAAGACCUCUUUGGGGCAAAUCUAACACUCCGUUUGUCCGCCUAAUACCGCCCGCCUAUGCGGAUGGACUCAGUGUUUCGAGAAUAUCAGUUACUGGAGAAGAAUUACCCGGAGCUCGAUUCGUAUCAUUAGCGGCGGCCACCGAAAGUAAUAUAAAUGACAAAAAGUUUACUUUAUUUGUUAUGCAAUGGGGACAGGUAGGUUCAGCACAAUUUAUUGAUCACGACUUGACAUUAACGGCAUCGACCAGAGCAUCGACUGGUGAGGGACUCAUCUGUUGUCCGGAUGAGGCCCGCAGUCCGGGCGUCAGGAAUAUAAGACACCCCUCGUGUCUACCCAUUCCUAUUCCAAAAGGUGAUCCAUUCUAUACCAAACAUAGGCAGUCGUGUAUGAAUUUUGUUCGCAAUGCUCCCAGUCCUCGGGCUAACUGUGCAUUAGGCCAUAGGGAACAAAUGAAUACUUUGACACAAAUAAUCGAUGGAUCAAUGGUUUAUGGAUCAGAUAUAGAUCGAGCGAAGCACUUACGAGAAUUCAAAAGAGGACGACUUCGGAUAUCAAUUGUAAAUAAUGUCGAAUUCUUACCAUUCGAUACACAGAACCGAAGCGAUGAAUGUGCUGUUCCUGAAAGAGACAGAAACCGAGUCCAGUGUUUUGUUGGAGGUGAUGUACGAGUGAACGAACAGACAGGUCUGGCAAUGGUUCACAACCUAUUACUUCGGGAACACAACAGGUUGGCUGAGAUUUUGCUAAAACUGAAUCCCAAGUGGAAUGACGAGACGGUAUACCAAGAGGCCAGGCGUAUAGUGGCCGCACAGAUACAACACAUCACUUACAAUGAAUGGGCGCCACUCAUCAUAGGUCGAUCUGUAAUGAAAGAAUUCAAUAUAUUGCCAAAAGCUUAUGGAUAUUCUUUUGAUUACGACCCCAAACUCAAUCCAAAUAUAAUCAACUCAUUUGCCACCGCAGCCUAUCGUUUCCAUACUUUAAUUCAGGGUUUUAUUGAAUUAAUGGAUAGCAAUGGCAGAGUUACAGAAAAACUGCAAUUAAGAAAUCUCUUCAAUAACCCUCAAACUCUUUAUAGAAACGGGGCUUUUGAUGAAUACCUUAAUGGCUAUACAGCAGAACCGACGCAAACAUUUGAUAAACAUUUUACACAAGAAUUAACUGAACAUUUGUUUGAAGAGCGAAAUACAGGGUUUGGUAUGGAUUUAAUCGCAUUGAAUAUACAGAGAGGCCGAGAGCACGGACUGCCCGGUUAUAACGAAUACCGAAAGAUAUGCGGAAUGAAUGCAAUUAAUUCAUUCAAGGAAUUGGAUCGAGUCAUGCAAUCCGGUUCCGCUCAGACUUUUGCUAAAUUAUAUAAAUCUGUAGAUGACAUCGAUUUGUUCAUCGCUGGUAAUCAUGAGAAGCGCUUAGCGGAUGCUGUGGUGGGCCCUACUUUUGCGUGCAUUUUGGCUGAACAGCACCGAAGAAACAAAUUGGGCGACAGAUUCUGGUAUGAAAACGGAGAUAUGGCUCACUCUUUCACUGAAGAGCAAUUGCGAGAAAUUCGUAAAUCGAGUUUAGCUCGACUUAUAUGUGAUAACAGCGACCAAAUCAAAGUCAUGCAACCCUUGGCCUUCCUUCAGCCAAUCAAUUGGAAUUCUCGCAUUCCUUGCGACAGAAUAGCAAAAGUGAAUCUUCAGUAUUGGAGGGGAGAGAAGGACUUCGGAAGUUCUGCCAGACUUUCGCUCGAAAAUUAACACAACUUUUAAAUGAAUGUAUGUUUUCAAGAAUUCUUAAGUGUUUUAGUAAUAUUACAAUCAUUUAAUAUUCGUAUCAAAUAUAACUAUGAAAUAAAUUAAUGGUUA